CUGUAGGUCUCGUGAGAGUCAACGUUCCGAGCUUGUGCACGGAGACAAACCAUGGCUGAAAGUAUGGAGGGUCAUCUUCAAUGUCCCACCUGUCUGGAAAUCUUCAAAGAUCCUGUGAUUCUUUUGUGCAGUCACAGCUUCUGCCGUGUGUGUCUGCAGCAGUGGAAGGACAAAGGAGAACGAUCGUGUCCACUUUGUAGGACAGAGUUUAGUUCUAUGGAUCCACCUGCCAACUUGGCACUGAGGAAUAUGUGUGAGAACCUUUCACGAGCCUCAGUCAAAUCAGAAGACAUCUGCAGCUUGCAUGAGGAGAAACUUCAACUCUUCUGUUUGGACCACCAAGAGCUUGUGUGCCAUAUCUGCAGAGACGCAGAAAUCCACGUUGGUCACACGUUCCGGCCCCUCAAAGAAGUUGUAAAAGGUCAUCAUGAGGAACUCCAGAAAGGCCUGCAGAAUGCCAAGGAAAGACUCAAAGAUUACAACGACUGUCGAGAGAACUGCAACGAACAGGCAGAGUACAUCAAAGUCCAGAGGGAGAAGGUCAAACGCAAGAUUAAGAAGGAUUUUGAGGAGCUCCGUCGCUUUCUUAACGUCGAGGAGAAGGCCAUGUUGGCUGCGGUCAGGGAGGAAGAGAAGAAGAAGAGUCACACGAUGAAGGAGAAGAUUGCGGCUCUCGACAGACAAAUGGCCGCUCUCUCGAAUCUCAUCAGAAGCACUGAGGAGCAGCUGGCGUCUGGCAAUGUUUCUUUCAUGAAGAAGUUCAAGACUGCGAUGAGCAGAAUCCAGGAGCUGCCUGAAAAGCCGCAGCUGCUGCCAGGAGGUCUGCUAGACGAAGCCAAACACGUGGGCAAUCUCAAAUUCAAGUUGUGGGAGCAGAUGAAGGAAACGCUCGCCUACAGUCCCGUCAUUCUGGACCCCAACACGGCCCAUCCAAGAAUCAGUCUGUCUGAAGAUCUGACCAGUCUGAGUUUGAAAGACGUACGGCAGGAGCGUCCAAAGAAUCCAGAGAGACCCCAGACGUGGUGGUGUGUGCUGGGUGGUGCUUUGGACUCGGGAAGACACGUGUGGGACGUUGCGGUGGGAGAUAACAAUAAAUGGACAUUGGGGAUUAUGUGGGGGGACCCUUGUUUGCCAGAGAUAAUUACUAGUUGGGUCAUUGGAUUUUGUGAUGGUGAAUACAAAAAGCCCGGUGGUGAAUAUGGAGAAUGGAAUCCACCUGUCAAAGUGCAGAGGAUCCGAGUUGAAGUGGACAUGAAUGAGAGGUCAUUGUCCUUCUCUGAACCUCUUACAAACACUGAAUUGGUGAAACCUAUGGAGCCUUCCAAUUGGCCAGACUUGUCCGGUAACAACAAAAUGUAUCCUUACUUUCAGACAGCACAUAAGAGUCCUCUAAAAUUAAUCCCCUUUCCACCUUGUGUUACGACAGCCAUCAGUUAGCGAUCGUGUUGACACGGCUUCAUUGUUUUGCUCUUCAAUGUCAUCUAAAUCAUUCCUUUUCUUUUAUCAAAUGAUUUGACUCUCAUUUAUUGUCCAGGUCAUGUCAUAAGACUUUACUGGAGUCAAAAUAAUGAAGCAGUUACUCCGCAUUUGAGUAUUCUUUUCUUCCGAUACUUGUGUGAAU